GGUCUUCCUUACUGAAACGGCGUCGUUAAGUCAGAGUUUUGGAUAAUUCUUUGCAAAUAUCCAUAUCUCUCAUAUGACUAGAUAAACUCUUGCAAAACAGAGACAUUUCUCUUUUACUUGUCUUAGUAGGGUUGUCAAGAACAAAGCCAUCACCAUUCUGUUGUGUGGAAUUUAACUUCAGGAUCCAUCAAAAGAAGGAGUUAAAUCAAUGGGAGAGGAUACUGUCACAGAACCGAUAAAAGCUCCUUUAAUUGAUGGAAGAAAGGCAAGGAAGGAAGAAAAACUGGAGUGUCCCAUUUGCUGGGAACCUUUCAACGUCGUUGAGAAUGUUCCUUAUGUAUUAUGGUGUGGUCAUACCAUCUGCAAGUAUUGUCUCUUAGGGCUUCCACGUGCCGUUGUGAUCAAAUCCUCAGGUUUUCCGCUCCAUCUUCCCUUCUUCAUUACUUGCCCUUGGUGCAAUAUGCUUUCUUUGAGGCUAUUAUGCAAUGGAACCAUCAAGUUUCCUUCCAAAAACUAUUACCUUUUAUGGAUGGUCGAAAGCAUGAAUGGCUCGCGCAGUGACAACAAAAGGGUCACUUCAGAGGAGAGAGAUAUGAAAGAGAGGUGUGAUGAAGUGAGUAAUACUGCUUCAGAUGUGACCAGAGGAUACUUGAGAGCUGGGAGACUUCAUGGCUAUAUAUGUAAGUCAAUGGCUACUGUUGCUCAUUUGUUGGCUAAGUUUCCUUUGGUAGUCAUGUUCCUGUUGAUGGCUUUAUAUGCGAUCCCUGUGAGUGCUGCAGUUCUCGCAGUCUAUUUCUUUGUCACUAUUGCUUUGGCUGUUCCGUCGUUUUUAGUCCUCUAUUUCGCUUUCCCUAGCUUGAACUGGCUGAUUAGGGAGAUGUCAGCCUGAACUCAUUGUACUGUCUCUUUGUUUCUUUGUGUUUCUUGACUUGUAAGAAACAUGAACUAUAGAGUCUAAAGUUGUUAUACUCAGUUUACACGAAGAAGAUAAUGUUUUUAUUCCAAACUGUCUCACUAUAUAACGAACAAAACUACCUUUUUCUCUCUGUUUCACAACAAAGUGGCUGUAUAAUUUUGAAAGGAGAAAGAAAGAUUUACAUUUCUUUGUAACCUGGUGAAGAGAAAACAUUUGAAAGAGCUUGGCUUCAUCUUUGGUCUCUAAAUUAUCAGGUCUGGAGCUCUGUAUUGUAUCUAGAUUAUGUAAACAGCUUUGUGCUUUGUUU